UAAUGUACACUACAUAGUACACUAAUGAAGCAUCACUGGUUGUCUUUAGUGAUGACCCACAUACACCCGGUUAGAGCGUGACUAUUUAACGACUCAGCUUAGUUUGCAUUUUAGUGCAGGAGCUUGACAGAAGCAGACCAACAUGGCUCUGAACAUUGCCGGUGUGAUUGCAGUUGUUGUGUUCUACAUCCUUAUCCUGGGGACGGGGAUUUGGGCUUCACGAAAGGCCAAGGAGGCUCAGAAGACAAGCACAGGAGACAGGACGGAAAUAGUGCUGCUUGGGGACAGAAAAAUUAACUUGCUGGUUGGGAUUUUCACCAUGACAGCUACAUGGGUGGGAGGUGGUUUUCUCCUGGGUGUGGCUGAGGCAGUGUACACUCCUAACAUGGGCUUGAUAUGGGCUCUAAUGCCCAUACAAUGCAGUGUGUCUUUCAUAAUAGGUGGUCUUUUCUUUGCCAAGCCAAUGAGGGACAACAAGUAUGUCACCAUGUUUGACCCAUUCCAGAAAAAGUAUGGCAAUGUACUGUGUGGUGCUCUGGUGCUGCCUGCUCUGCUUGUGGACGUGCUGUGGGUGUCGUGCACCCUGCUUAGUUUAGGAAUAACCAUGACUGUGAUCCUGGAGUUGCCCUUCACCUAUUCUGUGUGCAUCUCAGCAGCUGUCGCCAUUGUCUACACGUUGUUAGGAGGACUUUAUUCAGUGGCCUACACUGACAUCAUCCAGCUUGCUCUAAUUUUUUUCAGUUUGUGGCUGUGUGUCCCCUUCCUUCUGCUCAACCCCGCGUCUCCGAACAUCGCCCAAACAGCUUUCAACAACACAGUUCAAGCACCCUGGGUCGGCUCUCUGGAGAAAGACGUGGUCUGGAGGUGGAUUGACGACGGUUUAAUGCUGGCUCUUGGCAGUGUCUCUUUUCAGUGCUUCCAGCAGAGGACGCUGUCUGCCUCCUCGUCACGGACAGCCCAGUUAACCUGCUUUGCUGCUGCUGUUAUGAUAGUGAUCCUGGGAAUCCCUCCAGUCUUGAUUGGGGCUGUCGCUGCCUCCACAGACUGGAAUCUGACGCUGUAUGGCUCUCCGCCUCCUUAUGAACGUGGACAGCAAAUGAUGGUCCUUCCCCUGACCCUGCAGAACCUCACUCCAUCAUUCAUCUCAGUCAUUGGAGUUGGAGCCGUGGCCGCAGCCGUCAUGUCGUCCACAGACUCCGCCCUGUUAUCUGCAACUUCUGUUUUCUCCUCAAAUAUCUACAAGAACAUUCUGCGUAAACAGGCCUCAGACCGUGAAAUGCAGUGGGUGUUUCGGAUCACAGUAGUAGUUGUGGGUGUGGCCGGGACAUCCAUAACCUUCUUCACUAAAAGCACCCUAGUCCUUUGGCUCCUUGGAGCAGAUGUUUCCUACACCCUCAUAUUACCCCAUCUAGUUUCUGUGCUCUUCUUCAAAGUGACAAAUGAGUAUGGUGCCAUGGUGGGUUACGCUGUAGGGCUGACUGUGAGGAUUCUGCUGGGAGAGAAAAGUAUCGGACUUCCUGUAGUUCUACACCUUCCCGGUUGCACGCUGGAAGACGGCAUCUACGUCCAAAAAUUUGCAUUCCGAACAGUCGCCAUGCUGUGCACGCAGAUAACCAUCGUAGCUUGUUCUGCAUUGGCUCUGGUCCUGUUCAACAGCGGCCUGCUGCCUGAAAGAUGGGACAUCUACAAAGUAAAGCGUCAGAGUGCUGCAUCACCAGCACAUGCUGUCACUCAGAAUCUCAAAGAGGAAGCGAAAGGUGAUGCUGAAUGUGAUGAAAACAAAGAUGCACUUUCCUUACAACCCAUGUUGUAGGUGGGAUAGCACCUAACUGCUGAUAGUUGCUCUUUGACACUCUUAAAAAUGUGAUUUCAUUUCACUGUAAACAUUCUGGAUGUUACUGACGUUGGCUUCAGGGAACACAAUGUAUCAGUGAGUUAAAGAGGUCAGAGGUCACCACAAGACCUGAGACCUGAUGAAAACUGAUGAUGAUUUCCAAAGUAAAGCAUAACUUGCUUACAUCACCAGUGGAUCAUGUGACACAGAAUGGAUGUGAUGACAACUGACAGUACAUUGUGUUCCCUGAAAACUGCCCAAGAAACCAUCGUUUUUAGACAAAAUGAAAAUUAAACGUCAUUUCAACUUCA